AUGCGGCGCCUGCUGCCGCGCGCGCUGCCCCGCCGCGUGCUCGCCGCGCCCGUGCUGGUGCCGCUGGUGUGGCUGUUGGCCGUGGCCGCGCUCGGCGGGGCGGGCCUCCGGUGGUCGCUGCCGCUCAAGCUGCCGCCGCCCGCGCCGCCGCUCGAGGGCCUUGAGGGCCUCGACGGCCACGAGCAGGCGGCGAGCGCGGCCCCCGCGCCCCGCCACGUCACCCGGUCGCUGGCCGAGCUGGGGCUGGCGGGGCCGCUGGCGCCGCGCGGCCUCAGCGACUACGCCGUGCUGCUGACGCGCGUUCCCCGCGCCGGCGCCGAGCUGCUGUCCCUGCUGCUGCAGAGGCUGCAGCUCGCCAACGGCUUCAGGCUGCUGCAGCUGCCGGGGAAGUCCAGCGGGAGGCUGUCGCCCACGGAACAGGAGGAGCUGGUCGUCGAAGUGACGGACACCCUCCGCCGGGAGGCCGUCCCGGUGGCCUUCCACGGCUCCGUCUACUUCACCAACUUCUCCACGUUCGACCGGCAGUCGCCCACGUACGUCGGCCUGCUGCGGGACCCCGUCGCCAGAGUCAUCGCAGGGUACCGAUCUGCGUCCGCGGUGGCCGCCACCAUGACCACACCCCAGCGCCGGGCCCGCGCCGCGGACGACGCGGAGCUGCUGUCCGCCCUGGAGCGCUGCCUGGCGUCCCUGGCGUCGACGCCGCGCCCCGAGUGCGCCUGGGCCGAGCCUCAGACGCCGUACUUCUGCGGCCACGACAGCCGUUGCAGGGACCCGGACGGCGACUGGGCGUUCCGGAGGGCCAAGGCGAACAUCGACCAGUACUUCCCCGUGGUGGGCGUUCUGGAGGAGCCCAACGCCACCUUGGCCGUGCUGGAGACGAGGCUGCCCCUCUUCUUCACGGGCGUCUCGGACUUGUACCGUCACAGACUGCUGCAUGAGCACCAUGCGAAUUGGAAUAGGGUAAGUGCCAAUUUGAAGCCUGGCGUGCGGCGGAGAGUGGAGAAGAGACUCUCCUUGGAAUACGAGUUGUACCUGUGGGCCAAGCAGAGGUUGAUGCAACAGUUCUUUGAGGACUCGCAAAAACUGCCUGUGCCUGGCGAGGCAGGGGAAGACCGGAUUGCCCACUCAAUUCACAAGAGGGAGCAAUCGUUACGGAAAAGUAGUUUAAAAGAUUGACCACAAAAUCCAAACAGAUGCUAGUUUCAAAUCUAUCGUGUACGUUGACAUAGGGUAUGUCCUGUUGUGGUGAUAUGAAAAAAAGAAUUUUAGUAAUAAAAUACACACCAAUUGAGAAAAAUGAUGUUGCCAUUUUAUUCUGCUUAAGUUGUUUUACAUUCAUUUCAGUUGUCAGUUCCACAUGAGUAAGAGAGGCUACAGUCCAGCUGUGUAGAUCGGCAUCAAUUGGAAACACAAUAAGUUAGUUGAAAAAGUGCACAAAAUAACAAUCAGGUUUAAUAAAGAUUUGGGAAAUUCAUUAAAAAU